UACUUUGUUUAUAAAUAAGUUUGCGUAUUCUACUUUUUUUUUAAAAAAAAAAAUUCUAACAAUGAGUAGCAAUUCGAUAAAAAUAGAAAUUGACAAUAAUAAUAUCAGUAGUAUCAAGAAAAUUGAAAGUGAUGACAAUAAAAGUCCACAUAAUGGUAAACCUAUUACUAAAAUAGAAAUAUCGCCAAAUGAAGAAUACCUUGUUACAUAUAGCGAAGAUGAUCAUUCAAUUGUCGUUUGGAAUAUCAAAGAUAAGGAUCCACCUAAAUCGGAAUUGUUUGUCUCCGAUAAAAGUUUAUCCCAAAUAGCUAUUUCCGAUGAUAAGAAAUUUGCGCAUAUCAACUAUGAUGAAUAUUUGGGAAUAUACGAUAUGAAGAAUAAUCAUGAAAUUAAAUUAGAUUGUGACGAUAACUAUAAGUAUUGUUAUUGUACUUUUAACUUAGAAGGUGAAUUUAUGUCACAUGAAGUGAAAGAUAACAUGAUUUAUAUUUAUUCUACGCAAAUUAAAAAUAACAAAUGGAACUGUAAUAGAAUGUACAAAAUACCAGAAGAUUUUAACAUUAUUGAUAUUAUAGAAUAUAAUAUUUAUUUAUUUUCAAAUAAUACCAUAUAUGAAUAUAAUCUUAUUACAGAAAAAACUGUAAGAAUAUUUAAAAGUAACGAGAAGAUAGUAUAUACUUCAUACGAUAAGAAAAUCAGAAUUUCUAGUAAUGAGAAGCUUAUCUGUAUAAGAAUCAAUUAUAAAUUUGUUGUUUAUUCAAUUGAAUUUGAAAUUCCUUUUACUCCUUUGGAUAUUGAUAAUAUCAAUAAUGAUAUUCAACUACGUAAUUUUAUGUAUCGUAGUGGUUUAAUCCCUUUUUUGAUUCCUUUAUUUAAUUACGGUAUCAUUAAAGAACUUUAUUGGAAUGAAUGUUUAGACCUUUUAAACAAGGAAGUACAAUUAUCAGAAGAAUUUCAGACCGAAAGUUUACUAGAUAAAAUUCGAACUAAAACCAAAUAUGCAUUUGGAAUUCAAGGCGGGCAUAUUUUGAAGAUUGAACAUAAGAAAGUUUUAGCAACAAUGAAUUUAAAAUUCGAAAUUCCUGAUGAAACAGCAAUUUCUCAUGCAAUUAUUAAUUGGUACCUUAAUAUUGAUGUUAAUAAUGUUAAUAAUGUUAAUAUCAACAAGAAAACGUAUGAAACACACGAUCUCUUAAAUAUUAAUUUCGUUAAUUUAUAUAUGGAUACUAUAUAUGCAUUAUUUCAGGAAAUAAAUAUUAAGAAAAAUGUAGAGCUAGAAUUGACUCAAAAUUUAAUUGUAUGGAAAAUUAUCUUUGGUGACGGAAUGAUUAAACUGAGAGUUUAUAACAAGGAUAAAUAUGAUACAUAUAAACGUGAUACUAAGGAGGAUAAGAAGGAUCCAAUUCCAAUUUGUGUAAAAGUUGAAAAUAUUGGUGCAGACCAAUAUAUACUUGGAACUAAGUUAUUUAAUGACAGUGAUAAGUUAUUUAAUGACAGUGAUAUUAUUGUAUUAACAACAAAAGGUCUUUAUAUUUAUAAUUUUAAUGAAAAUAAACAAUCCAUUUCUUUAAGCUAUUUGUAUUCUAUGAACAUAUCCAUUUCAGGAAGUCUCGAAAUUGACAACAAAGAUGAUAUUGUAAAACAAUUAAAAGAAGUAUUUUCAAAACCCACUUUACCCUUAUCAAAUUAUGAUAGUUUAAAACAUAUAUAAUAGAUAAUAAGGAGAGACUUUUGAAAUAUGGAGUUGAAUUAUUAACGUUUGCAAUUGUAGAACAUAAAUUAGAUUUGAUAGAAGAUAUCUAUAAAAAGUGUAUGAAUUAUUACAAAGAUGAUUUAGAAAAUAAUAGGAUGUUUUUAAGUAUUAUUACUUCAACCAUACCAUUAUUGAGUAAAUGUUAUCCAGAUUAUAUUUCAAGAUUUUCAUCAGAAACAACGAUGAUCACAGAUUCUUCUUUUUACAGUAUAGAAUACUAUAACAAUAACAAUUCACAUCUCUAUUCUACUUCUGAAUAUCCUCAAAUAAUUAAUUUAACUAAAUCUAUUUGGUGGUGUAAAUAUAUCCUAUUAAUAAGUAAAUUUGGUGAUAAACAUACAAUAAUGUACUUGAUGCUAAUUUCUAUUAAAAUCUUAAUAAUUUUUCCCCUUUU